AUGAGCCGCGAAGCCUCAGCGCAAUCGGUCUCGCGAGUCGCCGCCUGUCAACAGAAAAAUGAGAGCAUCAUUUCACUUUGCAAUUCACCAUUCGGACAAAUGUACACAUUCGUCGGUUGCCCUGACGACUUGAAGUCAACAGACCGUGGAUGGGCGUGCAACCGAGUCGCGUCUGGCCUUCAGCGUCAAGCGAGACAAGUUCGUCUCGCGCCCGAGGCGGCGCCCCUCUUUGCUACCUCAUUGAGCCAUCAUCGUGGCAGAAAGUGCACGGUGUGA